GCAGAUACACAUACCCUUUGGCUUUCGGGCCUGUGAACCGGUACCACUCGGUACGUACUACAGUGAAACUACUACAGUCUUCAUCUGGCCUUGUCGUCGUGUAGUGCAAGUGUUAGUGGCUCCCUCUCUGAAAUACAGACAUCGACUUUUAUUUCAUUGGCCACAUUACAAAUGCCAUGGAAUGGAGGGAGAUGAGAGUGUGCUGGCUACGUGAAUGGCUGAACUAUGCAACAGCGGCGAGUGGAGACCAGAUCACGGAAGGAAAUUUCGGCCGCUGGCAAGAGUCCUCCUAUUAGCCGCAACGGUCAAUCAGUGGGCGACUCGUCGCCUGACGUUGUCGCCCGUCUUCUAGUGCCACUACCACUACUACUACUACCCAGUCAGACAGAGUGCCCGGCUGGGACUUGCAGUGCAAUAAUCGACAGAUCAGCCAUCAUGUCCAACCAACACGAGUCGGCGGUUGUGGCCCGUCGCGUGCCCAAAAAGCGAAAAUUCGAUCCGACGGAAUACGAAGAACAAUCGGCCGAUCGAACAUCGUCGCCACCACGCCAUUACAGCCAUUCUUCCAACCAAGUGCCACCGUCGGGACCGAGUUCGGUGAUCUCAUCGUCUGUAGUAGUAGCGACCGUCCCUUCGACGACGGCCAGUCCUCCGGUUCCUCUGAUCGCCACCAAUCCUCCAGCGGCUCACGUCGAUCUCAACGAGUGGCGCUGCCAUCGUGUCCUGGCCAAGCGAGGAAGUCGCUACUUGACGGGCGUCAUUCGAAGUGGCCACGGCCACAGUGACGUUCUCGUCCAACUCGACGGACACGAACAGCCAACACUUUAUUCGGACGUCACUCGGGCCGGCAAAUUCGAUGUCAUCAGCGACGCAAGUCCGUCGCCGUCUCAGUUGACGCUGGGCGCAAGGGUGUGCCUUCGCGUCGAAAGUCACCCACAAAUUGCCGUCUUUGUCGAAGGCGUCAUCCGCCAAAUAUCCAGUAAACCCAUCCAGUACCUCGUUCGCACCGUUGGACAAAAUCCCGAUGUCGAACGAUGGGUAUCUCGCCCUUCACUUCGUCUUCUACAACCUCCUUGGUGGGAAGAGCUGGAAAAUGGGCCAGAACCUCAACUGCCAUCAAACACGGAAACCUAUCAACCAUUGGUCAAUCCAGAUCCGCCCGUGGCCGAGUUCCAUAAUGCCGACAGUUACCUGUCCCGACCCGCCACGCCUGCCGACGUCCUCGUCGAAGCUCAACAUCAUCACAAUGCGGAUGCAAUGAUGCAAAACACCCUUUCUAAUGUCCGUGAAGAGCUUAUGCCUUCGGCCGGCCGUCCUUCGUACCACGAGUACGACUACGGUGGCGAAAGUGAUGAAGAUUUGAAAAGAGAGGACAUUACCUUCCAUUCGGAAUCGGGUUACACCGUGGCCGGUAGGUCGCUCUCAUUGACGCCCGGUGCUCUGGCCGACGGGGUAGGUGGUGUAGGUGAUGGCAAAUUUUCCGGAAGCAGCGGAAGCAAACGGAGCAGCAUGCAGAGUCGUGGUAGCAGUUGCAGCGUUCUCGAUCCGUCACCGGGCGGAAGUUUGACUCCUCGUUCGCAGCCGACAACGCCCAGUCCUUUCCCCGGCGCCCGGUCUCUGACCGGAACGCCGCAAAAGUACAAAAAAGGUGACGUCGUUGCUGGCCCCAGCGGUAUCCGAAAGAAAUUCAACGGGAAACAAUGGCGCCGACUGUGUUCCAAAGAGGGCUGCAACAAAGAGUCGCAACGGCGCGGCUACUGUUCUCGCCAUCUUAGCAUCAAGGGUAAAAGUCUGCGCUCUUCGGGCGCAGGUGCUUCAUCGUCCAGCCUGGGCGGACUGACGUUUACCCCAGGAGGCAACAAAUUGGUGGUGAUGAAAGGUGCAGACGGCCACGAUAUGGACUGGGAGGAGACUCUUUCUCGAGAUUCCGUCGAACCGUCUCCUUCCGGCAGCUACAGCACGAGCAAUAGCACACCGACGGCCGAGUCCGGCUUACAGCGCUCAUUGCGGAUUGGAGCCGUUGCAGCUACGGGUGGUGCGAGGGACGGAUUAUCUUUAGAAGAAACAGAGGCGGCCAAUAUGUUAGUUUCGCUGAGUAAUUCACGCUCGACGACGCCGGCCGCUCAUUAUGGAUUGGCAACGGAUCUCUCAUCGACGUCGCGUCACCUCCAAUCGCCACCCAACUCUCACGUGUUGACGGUUGGAAUGCGUCACAAUCUGUUUUUGCCCAUUUCUCAGCCGACUGCCAAUAGCACGGCCGCCUUGUCCACGUCGAUGGGUUCAUUCCAACGAAGUCAAUUGGCCUCUUCUUCUUCUUAUGCGCAUUGUAAUAAAGAACCGCCGAUUAUCCGGCCGGUCGGCCAUUCGAUGCCUAGGGCCAUUAUUCCAUCGCUCACUUCCUAUCACCAUCAACUCCACCAGCACCCAGGGGUUAUUCGACCGGAAUCGCAGCGGCCGGGUUUAAUUCCUGUUUCGUCCAAUACGAGUGUCAUCAGGAUCUCGCCGACCACCCAACAUAUGGCCCAGCAUUCGGUCAGCUUCACGCCGCCUGUCAGUCAAGCCCAGAGUAGUCAAUCACCUUCAUCGUAUCCGUUGAAUUUGCAACAACAACAACAACAACAUCCAUCGUUUCAUCAUAAUAUGAUGGAUCCAUCUUCUGCUAAUUCACCUUCGCCGGGCCACUAUCAACAGUCUAGUGAGGAUCCCUCCAAACAUUGGUACAGACAGAAACAUCAAUCCGGCCAGCAAGGUGGUCCGCCACUACUCCAUCAAGCAUUGACGGGCAGUGCUCACCAUCGGCCAUCGACGUUGACGGUGAUUCAAACUGGCCACAAUCAGCCAGGUGCAUCUUCGUUGCCCAGCUCUGGUGGAGUAUUGAUCGCUCCCAAUAACGUCCCUCUGAAUCUUCACGUGGCCAAAAGCAAUCCAGCCCUUCACCAACCCCCUGCCGGACAGUCUAGUUAUUCCAUCAUUAGCCUAGUGCAAACAGAAGCGUCUGCCCAGCCGGCCCAUCAGCAGCCGAAUCAUCCGCAAUAUGACGGGCAGGAAGAAAAUUUCACGACGGCAACCAUCCGCCCGGCUCCGCUGUAUUAUUUGAUCCCAUCCAAAAGCUUGGUUGAUAAUCCCGCUAAUCACGCACCUGUUCGCUCUAAUAACGGCCAUGCUGCCAAUGAGGAGGAGGAAGGCCGUCCAGGUAUUAUCAAGACGACUACGUUGAAAGGAGGGUCAAAAAAGGAGCCACCUGCAUCACCGACGGCCGGUAAUCAAUGGUGGUCUCAACAGGCCCGCAAUGGCCUCACUUCAACUCGGGUAGGCGUUUCGGCCUUCCAAACUGUUUCGACGGAUAAAUCGGGCCACGAGACGGACAGCAAACAAGAUGAAAAUGGUUCGAAAGUGUCAAUGGAUUCUUCAUCAACUACAGAAACAGCAACCAUGGUGAAUGCCGAAAACGGUGCCCGGGUGGCGUCUAGGGAAUCAGUGGGCGAACGGCGGCGUUCAUCCGUCACGCAAGAUCUGACCGAAUACACGUACUCGGUCGCCGAGGAACCAGAUGCCGAGGUUGCCGACGACGACGACGUUUUUGAAAUGGAUGCGAGUGGUGGAGGAGCCGAGCCCGUUGUGCCUGGAAACAGUUCAGCCGCAGGGGUAGCUGCGAGCGAAGCGAAACGCCGUACUCAGUCGCUGGGAUCCUUGACAGGAGAACCUAAAAGCCCACGCAAGGUCAAAGAAAAAGAUCAUGUUCGUAGACCCAUGAACGCUUUCAUGAUCUUCAGUAAGCGACAUCGGGCUCUUGUUCACCAACGCCAUCCCAAUCAAGAUAAUCGGACAGUUUCAAAAAUUUUGGGUGAAUGGUGGUAUUCGUUAGGACCGCAGGAAAAGCAAAAAUAUCAUGAUUUAGCUUUCCAGGUGAAAGAGGCCCAUUUUAAAGCGCAUCCUGAAUGGAAGUGGUGCAGCAAAGACAGACGCAAAUCGGGAUCGACCAGUUCGUCUAAAGGUGAUGCCAAAGAGCCUCGUGGCACGCUUGGUUCCACUGGAGAUUUGUCUGCUGAAGAACACAAAGUCGAUCCUCCACCUGCUCCACAUCCGUCUUCAAUCAUGGGACCGCCGUCUGCUGAAUCGACCCUUAAUCUCAACGGUCAUCAGACUAAGGCCAAUAAACUUCGUCGCCAGGCUUUAAGUGAAGACCUUUCUGAUGAUGAUCGCAUGGUCAUUUGCGAGGAACCGGCUGAACCCACUGGACAGGAAAUCGAUCUACAAUGUAGGGAACAUGUUGUCUCUGAUACUGAAUCCGAAGCAGAGAAUCCAUGUGAUGUGCCUAAUAGCAAUUCAUCCUUGAUGCAACGCGAACCAGCCCUCUUUCCUCAACAACCCUUUGGCAGUCCGUCUUCAAUUGGGCAAAACAACUCGGAGGUUACUCAUCGUCCUAAAGCCAUCAAAGCCAAACCCAGUCCGUUAUUUGAGGGCGAUCCCAGGCCAGCAACAUCUGACUUGUACACUGGCGCACCUAGCGGCCCAGCAGGUCCUCAAAUCUUUCAUCCGACAGGAGGAGCGUUCAAAAGCAUGCCUUCACCUAAGGUGACGUUUCAACCGUCUUUUGACUUUCCAAAGUCUAGCCCCAAAGAUCCGAAAGAAGACCCGAAAGCCAAAUGGACAGGAUCUGUACCCAACAGCCCAGUUGCUAAAGAUGACGCGACAGUGGAAAGCAAACGCCCGAAAACACCUCCGCAAUCUUCAGCUGGGAUGUACAAUUCACUUCCGUAUUUCGGACAGUUUGACAACAUGUUGCAUCCUCCAUUUUACCGGCCCGGGCCGUCCAAUGUUUCUCAUGGGUUACCUAUAUCGAGUGGCUAUGCUCAAUCCACGUUGGUGAUCCCUUCCGGACCUUCUUUUACCUCUAUGUCGAGUAAGCAUUCCCUACCAACCGGAUUCUAUCCCCCUCAAGCACUUUUAGUUCGACCACCGACGUCACAACAUGAACAGACGUACGUAUCGUCCGGCCAGAAUCAUCAGAAUCACGUCACACCCACGUGGUCUUUGAAGCCGUCGGUGAUUGUCAGUAAGGCUACUUCAUCGGGCCAAUUGAAUAGUGGGAAUCAUUCAUUAGCUCCAGCUGGAAGCAUUUCAAAUGGAACGCCCAUACGGCCGCCUUCACGUGAAAUGAUCCCGACAUCGUCAUCGGCCCAGUGUUUCGCCGGUGUCAUGAAUAUGAAAUCAGGAACGUUGUGCGGCACGCUGACUCCUGUUACACUCAACGACUUGUCUAGGCCAGCUCGAAUUAAAGCCGUUACGGCAACCAUUCCUGUGGCCAGCGAGAUGGAGUACGCCCAGUCUGCGCCCAGUCCCAACACGAGCAGCAAUCACAAUAAUAGCAAUAGCAGUACGUCUAGGCAGAGCAGUACUCCUAGUACACCCAGUACGCCAGGUGUGUCGAGUCAUCAGACCGACCCACCUGGUCUAAUGCCUCCCCCAGAAUUACCCAAAUUUGUUUUGGCACCUACCCCGGCUCAGUUGGGACGUGCACCUUUCCAGCGAAGGCAAUCAUCGACGCAAUCCUUGUCACCAACUGGAUCUUCUUCUCACAGCGGCGAAGAGGAACCUACAAGUCCAGGUGGUGGAUAUGGUUCGGCCCCUGUAUGCAGUCCCACUGUGGGAUCAGCUAACACAUCCGGGGGAGGUUCAUUGCGUUGCUAUUCAGGUUUCACAGUUCCGACAUCUUCAGCGCCAUCUACGCCCAACGUGCCUCCUUCUCCAAAUCAAAAUAGCAUGCAACAAGCUGCAGCUAAGAAGAGUUGUAUGUUUAAACGGACCAAAGAUGACGGAAUGGAUAAGGUGUUGGAGCAAGUGAAUUUUGACGAGAAAUUUUCACACUUGCCUGAAUUCAAUCCAGCUGAUUGCCAAUCACCGAGUGCCCUUUCACUACCAUCUAGCCCAAGAGUGUUCGUGCAAAACUAUCGCAGGAAACGAGUUGCCUCAACUACGGAAGAAGAGGGAGAUUCUGACGUGUCCAACACAAGUGCCACGCCGCAAUCUGGAGCUGUUGCAGAAAACAAGUUCUUUGGACCAGACUUUAGCCUCGAAGCUUUCAAAGCCGAAGGUAACGAAGGUGAUGUGUGCCUCUCUCCCGGUACUCCGAAGACACCUGCCACGGGAAAAGAAAGUGCCGAAAAGAACUUUUCUUCUUUGCGGAGAAUCCUGGAUCAAAGAAGACAAUUAGUGAUUCAACUUUUCCAAGAGCAUGGCUCUUUCCCGUCCACACAGGCUACCAGUCUUUUCCAGGCACUACAUCAGGACAUUUUCCCCACCAAAUCUUGUCUUCAAUUGAAAAUUCGCGAAGUUCGCCAGAAAAUGAUGGCACAGUCGACAACGCCCGCCAGCGGCAAUAAUGUGGCCACCUCGAGCGUUUCAACUGGAAGCAACAAUGUCUCAAGUAACGCUUCGGGAUUUAGUGGAUCGACCGACACAGUCGAUGGGGAGGGAAAUGACGCGAUCGAUUCGGCUGCGGCCGAUGGGGGUUCGUAGAUAACCCUCAAUUAAUAACUGCAUAAUGCGUAGUUUGGCAAAAAGACUUUGUGACAAUCCCACAAAACGUUAUGGAUAUUAGUGACUGCAUGGGCAGCACAUAAUAUUCCAUGA